CCACCCCCAACUUCCUGCAGCCUGAUAGUGAGUAAGAAGGAGCGGAUGCUGGUGAAGGGCUCUGGUUUCCAUCUGGACCUGCUGCUGAUCGGGGUGCUGGGCGGGGGCUCGGCUCUGUUCGGCCUGCCGUGGAUGGCGGCCGCGACCGUGCGCUCAGUGACCCACGUCAACGCCCUCACAGUCAUGAGCAAGGCCGUCGCCCCUGGAGACAAGCCUCGCAUCCAGGAGGUGAAGGAGCAGAGGGUCACUGGGCUCCUGGUCGCCAUCAUGGUUGGCAUGUCCAUUGUAAUCGCUGACCUGUUGCGUCAGAUCCCCCUGGCUGUCCUGUUUGGUAUCUUCCUCUAUAUGGGCGUGAUGUCUCUCAAUGGCAUCCAGCUCACAGAGCGCAUGAUGCUGCUGCUUAUGCCACCAAAGUAUCACCCUGACCACACCUACAUACGCAAGGUCCGAACGCUGCGCAUGCAUCUGUUCACCUGCAUCCAGCUGGUGUGUUUGGCGGUUCUGUGGGCGGUCAUGUCCACACAGGCGUCCCUGGCUUUCCCCUUCGUCCUCAUACUCACCAUUCCUGUCAAGAUGUUCGUGCUGCGCCGCAUCUUCACCGCCAGAGAGAUGGAAUGUUUGGACGCGGACGACGCGGAGCCAAAGUUUGACGAGCGCGAGUGUCAUGACGAGUACUCGGAGAUGCACAUGCCUGUGUAACCCUGCAACAUGCCCUCAUCGUACCAGUCACCUCCUCUGAGUGGACACCAACAUCUGUCGACCACCACCACUUGGAUGCAGCGACUCCAACUUGAAGCCCUCAUAAAGAAACUUGACGCCACAUCACUGUGCACCGCCGGCCCUCAUCAUCAUCAUCAUCAUCAUCAUCAUCAUCCUCAAGACGCCAGCACACAGAACGUCAGAGGUGUGUCUGGUUGUUACUGGAGUCAAACUUUUCACUAUUUAAGUAGCUUCUUUUAUCAGAUUGUUGGAGGCUUCUCUGAUGGUGAGCAGCACUUUGUGGAACAAACGAUGAUCAAACUGUCGUUAGCUUGCGUUCAUACUUUUUUAAAGUAAACAGGUAUUUCAGGGGGGAAAAAUCAAACGUGAUCUGAAGCUCAGAAUUAAAUUAACAGUAGAUAGAUGUGCAAGACCGAUUCACUUUUAGCCCUGAAAGGUUGCUCUCAUUCACAUUGAAUAUGUGGAGGAUAUGUGGUAAACAUUCUUUUAUAUGCUAGCUUUUGCUUUUCUAGUUUGUUGCUUUUUUUCGUGUUUUAAUCUCACCAAGCGCCUUAUGAAGGAAAUGAACCGUAUAUGAGGUGUUUAUUUUUCCUCAUUCUGUCUUAUUGUAGACAGCUGAUCACUUUGCCCGCCUCCUGAAGCUCGUAGCACUUUUUAAAGAAACCAAAUCUGAACGAUGACUGUAUUUUAUGUGAUUUUUUUAUCUCUUUAGCAUCCUCUUAAAUUCAAGAAUCAAUAUCAGCGUAGCUUUAGUUCUCGUCUUCAAUAACUGCUUGAUUUUUUUUUAGCCUGUCCUUCUAUAAAUACUCUUUAUUUUUUGUGCUCAAAUGCAGCAGUUUAUUUUGGCUUCAAGUCAACGUCUGUACCUGUAGUGAAUGAAAAGCACCAACAGAGGGCGAUAUUGCAGGACUGUGAUAAUGACAUACCAAAAAAAACAAACAAUAACAGUAAAUGAAAAUGCAAUUACACUAACGCCAUGACAUCAUAACACGUUUUUGUGGAAGAAAGAAAACACAGUGGCACAAUUUCCUCUAAAUGUCUCCACGCACAUGUUUAGAGCACCAAUGUUCUGAAGGUUUGUUUUGACGUCUCACUCGGUUCGGUUGGUUUUUUGGGAAUCGCUGUAAUUUAUUGGUGUCUUUGUCCGAGUGCCAAAAUCAUGGCUCGUGUAAAUAGUCUUGUGAUCAGAACAAUAAGCUGCAGUCCAGUCAUCUCAAUCACUGUAAUGUUUUGGCCUAACUCACACAUUUAUCAUGGUGUAACAUUCCUCGUUUUAUCCAAAUUCUUGCUUUUUUGAGGGGGGGGGGGGACUAAUCGUUAAAGCAAUUUUAUUCACUCAUGAACUUGUUCGACCAAAUUUCCACACGAGCUGUGCUGACAAUCUCAAUAUUGUUGUUACUAAGAGGGAAGGUUUUAAAAAGAAAUAAUAAUAAUUAAUAUAGAUACGAUAUUUGUGAUUCUGUUCACGUUGAGUCAGUGUGACAGUGGUUGGUUAGAGCUCGACUCUCCAGCGUGCAUGUGAAUCGCCACUCGUCCCACCUCAGCCUGUCGCCGUGAUCUUGUGCCUGUUCGGUGUCACAAAGCUGCACAAAAUCUCAAGUGCCUGUGGGACCAUGAAGUGAUCAAGUGUCUGUUGUUGUUUGUACGAGCGACACGCGUUACAAUAGUUUGCACUUUUCAGACGCUCACAAAUCAAACAUCUCUCCAUUAUUUAUCUGUUGCAAUAUGAGGCAUUAUACAGUAACUGUUUUUAUAUAUAUAUAAAAAAAAGAUUCAUUCAGAGUAUUUCACGGAACCUUUUUUCUUGGCUGCGUCACGGCCGUGACACUGAAGAGUAUAUUUAUUAGAAGUACAUUGUCAGUUUUAUGUCUGCUUAUUGUGCCUGUGGAUGGAGUGAACGUCGUCCGCGUACGUCAAAGUGUUUGUGAUGUGUUGAUUCAUUUCGAAAGCAAUACAAAGUCUGAGAGGAUAUUGCUGAUGCUCCCUUGUACAUUAAUGGUUCAAAUAUUGAUGACAAAUAAAAGUUAUUUUCUAUUUA